AUGAUUGGGGACAGUCGCCCCGAAUAUAUCCUGGUCCGAUCAGGAAUAUUUCUUCUCAGGUCAAUCACACCUGUCUGCUUCGCCGGCUUCAUUGGGGGAUGUGCCGUUUUCUUUCAGCAUCUUCUGCGGAGCGAGGCUAGCAUACCUGCAACACUGGGCGCAAUUAUUAGGAGGCAUCCCGGAUAUUUUGGACUCUGGUGCUAUGCGGCGUUGGAAAGCGCUUUUUUCAUAUUUGUGUACCUGCCAAGGAAGAAGCAAAUUCAGAAGCCGGCGGUACUUCCGGCGGAAUCAAGUCCUCAGGAGCGUCGCCUACUCUUUGAACAAUGCUUAGCCACAAUAACUGAUACCGAGUCGUUUCUUCGUGGUUGGUUUCAUGGCGCACCGAUCGAUUCUUUAAAGAGGGACAACAUCGUGGAAUGGGCCACAUACGCAGUUUCGGCUUCUGAUGUAGCAACAAGCGAAGAGAUGGAUUAUUAUGUGAACUUGGUGGAAGCGAAGCUGGGACGGUCGUUCGAAGAGGGGAGAAAUGAGGACAUCAAAUGUAUGCGGCCAAUCAUAGAUAAAGUCAAGGUUGUGCAUCGGCCCUUGAUCUAUUAUCUGGUUGUUUCUGGCUUAGAUUUUGCAACACACUUGGCUCUUCACUACAUCGGCUUUCGACACUACGACACCCCUCUCUGGUUCUCAUCGUUUCCCUUCCGCCCAUACACCGUGUUCUCUCGUAAGUCCGUCGUACCCCGGUUUUCAUAUUGGCACAGGGAGCAUGUAUCGAAACAGAAAAGUCCAUUGUUCUUCAUUCACGGCAUAGGGAUUGGACUAUUACCUUAUAUCGCAUUUUUGUGGGACCUCGUUCGCGCAGAUCGCGAUGUAGGUAUCAUCGUGCUAGAAAUUUCGGCCAUCAAUUCCCGCUUGGUUUAUCCUUUGCGCCAAAUGACGCCUCCCAAGACAUUCGCCCGCGACGUCUACUCGAUCUUAGAGAAUCAUCAUCAGGAACACAUGUCCCACGUAAUCAUUGGUGUUUCCUUUGGCACCUUUUUAGUCUCGCAACUUCUAGCGGCCUCACGUCGUUCAGUCUCGGAUGCCGAAAGUGGGGGUCUUUACCAGCAUCCGCGCAUCUGCGCAACGGUUUUGAUUGACCCUAUUCCGUUCCUCAUAUUCGAGCCUGACCUCGUGCAUUCGUUCCUAUAUCGUGUUCCUGGCAGUUGGCGAGCUAACGAAUGGAUGCUGUGGUAUUUCAGCAGUCGAGAUAUAGCGGUGGCAGGGGUGCUGGGUCGGGAGUUCUUUUGGCAUGAAGGUGUAGCUUGGCGGGAGAACAUUGUUGGAGUGAUGCAGGAAGAACCGAUUGGUGGAUCGCCCCGUUUGCUCUCCACACUAGUCGUUCUGAGUGGGAAGGACCAGAUCGUGCCUGCAGGGAAAGUCUGGAGGUAUCUGACGAAUGGAGCAAGUGAUAUACAGUGCUCCACGGGUCUUAGGGAAGACGAUGACAAGGCCGCCCGAAUUUGGGAAAAUGACGACCAUUCACUCAAAGUGGUUUGCUAUCCAUCUUUGGAUCAUGCCCAGAUACUUGCAUCAAGAAAGAAAAUGCGAUUGGUGGUGGCAAGAAUUGUUCAGUUUUCGGCAAGGGAAUAG